ACCUGCGCUGCUGCUGCUUCUAGGCGCCAGGGAAACGAACCAGCGCAAGUUGUUUCCCUGUGGUUAUCCAUAUGAAGUUCUGAUGGACCUUCACAUUGGUUGGCGACUUCCCCUUCCUUCCACCGUCGCACUGAAUUCUCUCCGACAACAAUGAGCGGCAAGAGUAUCAGGCUCUUUGGCUCGGCGUCCCAUCACCACUCCUCCGCAACGCCAUGCACCCGCACCCAUCAGAUCGGCGCACUAGCCCUAGUCAUCACCACCUACUUCCUCACUCGUCUAUUUCACCAGUUCAUUGACCCUUGUUCCUUCCCGCCCACCAACUACGCCAUUGGCGAGCUCGGAUCCGCAAACGACGCCGUACGGUUCUCUGACGGAGGGUCUGUCUUGUGGCCCCAACGCGGGUACGGGCCCCACCUUUCCCUGAAAAUCUACGUUUACGAGGCGGGCGAGAUUGAUGGUCUCGAUCUGCUGUUGUCCGGCCGGGAAGGGAAUAUAUCCCCUGAAUCAUGCCUCAAAGGACAAUGGGGCUCUCAGGUCAUUUCUUACCUGCUUGUUCUGAAAACUUGUAUCUUGGAGCUUCCAAUUCAUAUUGUUACAAAUUGAAGAGUGUAUUUAUGUCCCUGUUAGACAGUGAUUGGUAUCAUUACCCAACCAAAAUGAUUUUCCGGCUGUUCUCCCAUUUUGAGGUCAAAAUUCACAGGCUUCUCUCCCAAUCAAGAUUGCGGACUAGGAGGAAAGAGGAGGCAGAUUUGUUUUUUGUGCCAAGUUAUGUUAAAUGUGUACGGAUGAUGGGUGGUCUCAAUGAUAAAGAAAUAAAUCAAACCUACGUCAAGGUUUUAAGUCAAAUGCCAUAUUUCAGGUUAUCUGGAGGCCGCAAUCACAUAUUUGUCUUCCCAAGCGGAGCUGGAGCUCAUUUGUUCAAGUCGUGGGCAACAUAUUUGAAUCGCUCUAUCAUUCUUACUCCUGAGGGUGACAGAACAGAUAAACGAGACACUAGUGCUUUUAAUACAUGGAAAGACAUUAUCAUCCCUGGAAAUGUUGAUGAUGGGAUGACUAGUUCACACAGCUCUCGGUUAGUUGAGCCUUUGCCUUUGUCAAAAAGGAAGUACUUGGCAAACUUUCUAGGCCGAGCGCAAGGAAAGAGUGGUCGGCUUCAACUGAUCAAACUUGCAAAACAAUUCCCAGAAAAGUUGGAAUCUCCAGAGUUGAAAUUCAGUGGUCCAGAUAAGCUGGGGAGAGUGCAAUAUUUUCAGCAUCUUCGUAAUGCCAAGUUUUGCCUUGCUCCACGUGGUGAAUCAUCAUGGACUCUCCGCUUUUAUGAGUCUUUUUUUGUGGAGUGUGUUCCAGUCAUUAUAUCAGAUCAAAUAGAAAUGCCAUUUCAGAAUGUUAUAGACUACACUCAGAUAUCAAUCAAAUGGCCAUCCACGCGGAUUGGCCCUGAACUUUUAGAGUACCUAGAAUCAAUACCUGAUAGAGACGUCGAAGAGAUGAUAUCCAGGGGUAGAAAAGUGAGGUGCUUAUGGGUCUAUUCUCCCACCCUCGAAGCAUGUUCUGCAUUUGGUGCAAUCCUCUGGGAACUGCAGAAGAAGGUGAGACAAUUCCAUCAGUCCACGGAAACAUUCUGGCUUCAUAAUAGAACAAUAGUGAACAGGGAUUUAGUUGAAUUCAACAAAUGGAAACCACCCAUGAUUUUGCCUUGAAAGAAUCCGUUUGCCUUUACUGCAUAGUGCAUAUUAAUCCCUUUGUUGUUGGAAAAGGUUUCUAUAGUUGUACUACUAAUAGCAUAGAAUCAUUGUGAUCCAUAUUUGCCAGUCCUGUAAUCUGACUGGCUUACUGCCCGUAUUUAACCACGUUAAUACAAUAUUUUCAUACUUCCUCUACAUAGUACACAUCUACAUUUGGG